AUGGAAAAUUUAUUGACUAUCCAGCCCCAAGCUGUGCUUCGACAUGAUGAGGGCAUGGAUCUCGAAGAGUUCUUUAGAGACAACUUGGAGCCAUUGAUGAAAAAGUUCAAAUAUAGACUCUCACAGUUUGAAAGUGCAGUUGUCAGCAGUGAAUCAAUUCAAAAUUACACAGUGUCAAAAGUCAACAAAGCCUAUCUUUUGCUCGAAAGUCUCGGCCAAGAAUGGGACGAACGUCGACAAAAGGCCUUGGAAGCCAGAAGAAGAAUAUUGCAAGAGCUUGAUGUCAAGAAAUGCGGCGACGAUGAUAAAUCCACCUACUACAUGAUGACACCGCCUGAUCUUUUGAGUGCCAUGAUGGAGCUCUCCAAGAAAUACCAUGAGCUGGAAAUGGACAGCAACGGUGAAAUGAUCGAUAACACAAUUGAUGCGUUUAUGCUCAAAAUGGAAGAAUUAGACGGCAAAAUAUCAGACGCUCUCGGCCGUGCUGAUAAAAUGCGUGAGCGAGUAGAAGAGAAAUUGAUGGUGGUGGCAGGUGUCGCUAAUGAUCACAUUGACAAGCUGAAAUAUGCCAUGUCUUUUGGCUCGAAUCGCUUGCUCAUGUACGAUGAACUUCCAGGCCCUUGGCAAAGCAAUGAGUAUAUCCGAACUGGAUACCGCUUUUUAGAUUCAGCGGCUGAUUGCUGGUACUCUCUCUUCUAUGUUCACAACGAAACAGGCAACAUUUGGACACAUCUCUUGGGCUUCGUGGCUCUAUUCAGCGUGGGCGUCUAUGAGCUCUUCUUUUCCGAGCUCAUGACGAGUAUUCCUGUCCAGGAUAGAUUGAUCUUUUUGGUCUUUUUCUUGGCUGCUUGUAAAUGUUUAAUGUGUUCUACUGUGUGGCACACUUUAUCCGGCAUCAAUAAUCUAAAAGUCUACCGUCAAGUCGCUUGUCUAGACUAUGUGGGCAUCUCUGUACUCAUUUGCGCAAGUAUCAUGCUCUGUGAAUACUAUGGUUUCUAUUGCAAUGAUGCCGUUCGCAACACGUAUAUGACUGCAACCACUUCAUUGGCCGUCAUUGGUGUCAGCAUGCCAUUCCAAGCUUGGUUCGAUAAGCAUGAGCGUAGAUGGCUUCGCAUUGCCUUUUUCAUUGCAUUAGCCUCAUCAGGUGCUAUUGUCAUUGGCCAUCUUGCUGUCAUGCGUGGUGCAAUUGAAACGUUUACUUGGUUGGCGCCCGUUUUCAAAUCGAUUGCCUGCUAUCUUGCAGGUGUCAUUCUUUAUGGAAAUCAGUUUCCAGAGAGAUUUUGGCCAGGCAAAUUCGAUCAUUUCGGCCACUCUCAUCAAUUCUGGCAUCUCUUUGUCUGUGGUGGCAUUUGGUUCCAUUAUCAAGCAGCGCUUCAAUUUGCAUCCAACCGUGAAAUCUUUGGUCAAUGCCUACUCAUUUAA